AAGCCCCACUUUGAAAAGAAGAAGAUUAAAACUGUAGAUGAAAGUUGUUGCUUGUUGUUGUUUGUUGUUUUGUGAUCUUGAAGAAGUUUUAUAUGUUAUGACGUAUAAUAAAACUUAGUUUUAUAAAUUUCCUUUAUAAAUAAUAUGGUUAAUAGUUAAAAUUUCAUUUUUUUAAGGCAUUUAAAUUUAUAAGAUCUUUUACUUAGCAAAAUAAUGGAUUCAAAAGCAGAUGAAGUAAAUGUCCUGGAUGCACUUCUUGUGGUUCCUGGAGAAGAUGAUGAAUUAAUUGCUGAAUUAGAUAGUCAGGAGAAAAAGAUAGUUUCUAGAUCUCAAGCCAAAGUACCGACGAAGUCUUCUGAUAAGUCUGCUCAUAAAAAGAUGACAAGACCUUCAAGACCGAUUUCUAAGACUUCAAAGCCCACAGCCCUCCCAGAAGAAAAGAAGGUGAAACAAAAAACUGAAGAAAAUGGAACUAUUAGACAAGUACUUAUUAAAUCUAGUCAAAAAUCAUCAGAUGGAUCAACCAGUGCAGCAAAUAAGAAUCCUGUUCGGAUAGUUAAGAAAGUUAUUAAGUCCAGUAAAAGCUCUUCGAGUUCGUCAAAGCCUGCUGCCCCAGUUCCUACAAAAGUAAUUCAAAAGACUAUUAUUGUCAAGAAAGAACCACCUGACUCUAAAGUGGAGAGUUCUACCAAAAAGGCAAUUCCUACUGGCAUUUUAUCAGCUCCAUCAACCGUUAGGAAACCAGCAAAGUUAACAUCUAAGAGGGAUUCUCCUCCUUCCUCCUCAUCUCGUUCAUCUUCUCAGACAGCUGCCAAGUGUGUUUUAAGAGGCACUGAUCCGGAAAGCAAGGCCUUGGCUAGUAAAUCUUUGGCUCUUGCAAAUGCUUCUCAAAUGGCCAAAAGAGAAGAUAGAAGAGAAUUAAUAGAUGAAAAACUAAAACUAUCCGAUGAUGAUCAUCUUGGUAUGAAAAGUCCUCUAGAUGAUAAGAAUACCCAUUUCAGUACAAUCAGUGAUGCUUCAAGUUCUCUAGCAGAUGAUGUCACUUGCUCUUGUGGCCGCAGCAGCAUUGCUUCAUCUUCGGUUUCACCAUCACGUUCAAGAUCCCUUAGUCCAUCCCCUUCUUCUUCUCCUGAAUCUGAGGUUGAAAAACAUGAAAAAAGGUCAAGAAAACGCACUCACUCCCCCGUUAUUUAUGAUAGAAAAGAAAGCAAAGAACAUGCUGUUAAAAAACCUCGUAUGACUUCUUCUGUGAGUAAAAGAGACUAUACUCACUUGCUGAAAUACUUUUUCCGUGAUGCCAGAUUUUUCUUAGUGAAGAGCAAUAAUCAUGAAAAUGUUGCUUUGUCAAAAGCAAAAGGUGUAUGGUCAACUCCACCUCAAAAUGAAAGCAAGUUUAAUCAAGCUUACAGAUCUUGUCGGAAUGUGAUUCUUAUCUUUUCUGUGAAAGAAAGUGGAAAGUUUCAAGGCUUUGCUCGUAUGGGUUCAGAAUCUCGUCACGAUGUGCCAGCGAUUCAGUGGGUGUUGCCACCUGGUUUAAGUGCAAGAGCUUUGGGUGGUGUUUUUCAUUUAGAUUACAUAUGCAGGCGGGAAUUAUCUUUCACUAAGACACAGCACCUCUAUAACCCCUGGAAUGAAGGAAAACAAGUCAAGAUAGGCAGAGAUGGACAGGAAAUUGAGCCAAAAGUAGCCGAAGAAUUAUGCAGACUCUUCCCUGUGGAUGAAAACAUCGAUUUAAUCAGCAUUUUGAGAAAUAUGAAGAGGAAUAAAACAAGAAGCUCAAGACCGUCUAGAGAUGAUCGUGAACGCCACGAUCGUCGCCGAGGUGCUCACGUCGCAUCACGAAGAAGUCCACCUGAUCCAAUGAGAAGGAGACGUCGAAGGCCAGAUGCAUUUGAAGCAAGACCCAAUAAAAGAAGUCGCCAAGAUUAUAAUGAAGGUUACUAUAAAUCAGGCCCAGGAAGAGAUAGAUCACCGUCAGAUCGCUUUAAUAUGAGAAACAGGAGCAAUGUUCAAAAUGGAAAUUACAAUGAUUACAUAAGGGACUAUCAUUCUCAAAGAAAUGCUAUGCCUAACAUGCCAUUUGGUGCACAACAUAAUUUUCCUCAACCUCCCUUUCCCAUGGAUCAAUCAGCGUAUUAUGAACGCUCCAUGCAUCAAGAUUUCUCUGCUCCGAGAGGAGCACGUCCUUUGGAUAAACGAGCUUAUGAAAGAUCUGUAGAUGACUUUUUACGUCGAACUGCACGUGUGCCAAAUAGACCUGAUCGAAGAUAUAACAGAGAAAGGAGAUGAAGAGCUCUUUACAUAUGUAAAUAAGAAAGAACACUUAUAUUGUGAAACAUUCUUUAAAUUGUAAAGUUGGAAUAAUUAAAUUAUUUUGUUGUGUUGCAUGGAUGACCUCACAUGCUAAAUAAACUUUUCUAUUUAUGUACUUUAAAUAGAAAUUUUAAUUGACUGAACUAAAUGUAACCAAUGAAUUUUAUCUUAAAAUGGCAAUUAAUUCAUCGCUACACAUAUCAACCAAUGUGUUAAUCUAUUUUAAAUUUUUUUUUUCUUAUGAAGAAACAGAGAAGAUAAAAAAGAAAACUUCAUUUUUUAAAUAUUUUUCUUUUAUAAUGAACCCCUCAUUUUCUAAUAGUUACUAUAUUCUUUCUUACUUAGCUGUUUCUUUCUUUAUUAAUAAUAAUAAAAAAAAUAAUGUUUACAUUACCAAAAACUAUUUUAUUGUAAAGGAUUUCAAAGUUAAAGUUUUAGGUUCAUUUCAUUGAAUUUAUUUAUUAUAUUGAAAAUCAAAACUAGACUGUAUUAUCUUUAUGUAUUUAGUGUACAAAUCAAACCAAUGCAUUUUUAAUUAUACUAUCAAUGAGAUAAUUCAGUUUGUACACUUUAUUCAUUAAUGUAAGACCAUUUCCUUAUAUAGCUAGUCAGCAAUCUUUAUAUUAAUUUGGUUGUACCAUAAUGCUAUUCAUUAUAAAUGUUUUUUAUAAUUUUCAAUUAUAUCAUAAUUGACUGGCCUUUGUAAGUUAAAUUGUAGUAGAACUUAAAAAGUGCUCUUUUUUUUAUCCCUUUAUAAUUAAUCAUUAGAAUACGAUGCUAAUGGGAAUAAUAAUGCUAUCAUAUGCUGUGCUAAUUCUGUUCUUUUGAUUAAAGAUUUUUUUUUUAAAUUUAAUGAAUAUUCAUAGACUGCUUAUAAAUAUCUUGAAACCUAGCGGAAUUAAUUCAUAACUAAAUGAUAAAUUUUCCAUAAUUGCAAUAUAGCUCUAAUACAUUCUUAUUUCUGACUCUACCUAUUGCAGUAAACUAAAUAAUUUGCCUUGCUGCCUUUGAAAUUUCUGUUGCUUGUAAAUUAAUUUUGUUGUUAACAUUUUGUGAUAAAUAUUCAUUAAUUUUAAUACAUAUAAAAAUAUGUACUUUUAUUAGUGCAUUUUCGUAAUUAAAAGUGUGAAUAAUUUAUGUUCAGUAAGAAAUAAUCAAAUGAAUUGUGUAGGGAAAGUUGAAAUCCUGCGAUGAUUUAUAUUUAUUAUAGAAAACAAAAUUUCAAAUGUGUUUAAUUCAGAAAUAUUAUAUAUAUGUAUACACCUAGUCUUUCAAUUGAUAUUGUCAAUAUUAUUUGCAGGAAUUAUUAAAUUAUUAUCAAUUGAUAUAAAAGUCAAAUUUCUUGUGGUUCCAGAAAGCCAUACAUUUUUUUGUGGUCCUUUCUUUUUUCAAGAAAAAAAGUGAUGUUCUCUAAGGUUUGGAACCAGUUUUUUUCUGAACUUUCAAAGUGCUACUGAACUUUGCUUCUAACAAAGAACUGAUUUCUUCCAUUCCAAAGACAAAGAAUAACAAAUGCACAAUUUUUCCCAAAAUAUUGACAAACUUAUAUACAAGUAAACAAACACAUUUGAGGUAUAUAAUCAGUGUUAAUUUGCUAACUUUUUUUUUCUUUUUAACUUUAAGUGAGGUCAUUUGUAACACUUUAUUAUUUGCAUUAAUGUACUUCCUUUGCAACUGUUGUAUGAUUAUUUUAAUCACAAUUUUGUGCUACUACAUUCCUCUACAAAUCACCUUUGCAAUUUUUACUGUGUUGUAUUAAUGUGUAUGAGUGCAAUGUUUGUACUUUUGUUUAGUACUCAGAUAAAUUAGUAUUUAGAUCUAGAGAACAAAUAUCAUACUUCAGAAUAUUUUGUAACACCCUUUAAAUUAGAAAUUUUUGCAACAUUUUUGUGGUGGAUAAUUUGUCAUCUCAGAACAACAUUUUUUUUAGAUGUUUAUGUUGAACUCAAAAGUUAUUUGUUACGUUAGGUAUCUCAGUGAAUUGUUACCAGCUUUUAUAUGUUAAAUUUUUAUUUAAGAACUGACCAGUUCAGAGUUUUUGUUGAAAUUCGUCAACUGUGAAGCACUUCAUAUAAAUAUUGGAUUUUAUUCUUAGCCAUGUCAUUUGUGUAUAAUAAAACAAUUUUCUUAUAA